CAAUAUAUAUAUAUAUAUAUAAUUCAAUAUACCGAUAUACCCUCUCUCUCUCUCUCUCUGUGUGUGUGUCUUUUGAAGACACCAUGAAGGCCUCUGUUUUCAUCUCUCUCUGUUUCUUCUUCUUCUUCAUUCUGUUUCUUGUCCAAGGGGUAUUCUCUAAGGGACAAGUAGAACAUGCUAGCUUGCCACCAAGGGGUUGGAACUCCUAUGAUUCCUUUUGCUGGACCAUCUCUGAAGAAGAGUUCCUGCAAAAUGCAGAACUCAUAGCUCAGCGAUUGAAGGCGCAUGGAUAUGAGUAUGUUGUGGUGGAUUAUCUCUGGUAUAGGAGGAAAGUCAAAGGUGCUCACACUGAUUCUCUGGGAUUUGAUGUAAUUGAUGAAUGGGGAAGAAUGAUUCCGGACCCUGUUAGAUGGCCUUCAUCCAAAGGUGGGAAAGGGUUCAAAGAAGUAGCCAAGAAAGUUCAUAGCAUGGGUUUGAAAUUUGGGAUUCACGUUAUGAGUGGUAUAAGCACGCAGGCUGUCAAUGCAAACACCCCUAUCUUAGACACCAUCAAGGGAAGUGCUUAUGAGGAAUCAGGCCGGCAAUGGCAUGCAAAAGAUGUAGGGUUAAAGGAGAGAGCUUGUGCAUGGAUGCCAAAUGGUUUCAUGAGUGUAAAUACUAACUUGGAAGCAGGAAGAGCUUUCUUGAGGUCACUUUAUCAUCAGUAUGCCGACUGGGGUGUUGAUUUCGUGAAACAUGACUGUGUAUUUGGUACUGACCUUAACCUAGAUGAGAUAAGGGUUGUAUCAAAGGUUUUAAGGGGACUUAGCCGUCCCAUCAUAUAUUCCCUAUCUCCAGGAACUAGUGCAACACCAACCAUCGCAAAGGAUGUACAUGGCCUAGUAAACAUGUAUAGGAUUACAGAUGAUGACUGGGAUUUAUGGGGAGAUGUUGCUGGCCAUUUUAAUGUUGCCAGGGACUUCUCCGCUGCUAAUAUGAUAGGAGCUCAGGGCUUGCUGGGAAAGUCGUGGCCCGACUUAGAUAUGCUUCCACUGGGGUGGCUUACUGAUCCAGGUUCGAAUGAAGGUCCACACAGAAGUUCUAAUCUUAAUCUAGACGAGCAAAAAACUCAGAUGACUUUAUGGUCCAUGGCCAAGUCUCCGCUCAUGUUUGGAGGGGAUAUGAGAAACCUUGAUGAAACCACCUUCAACCUCAUCACAAGCCCUACCCUACUAGAAAUAAACUCCUUCAGCUCAAACAAUAUGGAGUUUCCGUAUGUUACUGGAACAAAUGGUCUCCGAUAUAAAAACCGAGGCCUAAACUCGCAGUCAAGAAGUUUGGAAGACAUGAAUGCACCAGAAACCAAUAUUUUUGGUCUCACUAGCUGUAUGGAUCCCAAAGCAAAACAUUGGUCCAUUAAAUCCCUUGAUAAUGAGCUUGAACAAGUCUGCUGGAAUUGGAACGGAAGCACAAGAAGCAAAUAUGAGGCACCUCUUUGCUUGUACACGAGAAAACCGCUUUUGGAAUCAGACGAAGAGAUGAUGUAUAAGCAGCAAUAUCAAGGGAAACUUCAUUUAUUAGCAACAGACUCGAUGGAGUUUUGCUUGGAUGCUUCUCCAAAAAGGAAGCGUACUUCCAAAGAGUUCAAGAGAGGUUCAUUUUCACCGUGCAAACGGGACACUAACCAGAUGUGGGAGCUGAAACAUGAUGGAACUCUGCAAAGCAGCUAUUCUGGUUUAUGUGUGUCAGUAAAUACUAUCAAAGUUAAUGCUGGUUUUGGAGGAAUUCGCUCUUGGAUUGCUACAGGAAGAAGAGGAGAAUUAUAUGUUGCUUUUUUCAAUUUGAAUUCUGAGAAGACUGUAAUAUCUGCAAAGCUAUCGGAUCUGGCUAAAGCGCUUCCAAGUAAACAUUUGAAUAAUGUCUCAUGUACGUGUAAAGAAGUAUGGAGCGGGAAAGAUAUGGGAGAAGUGAAACAUUCAAUCUCAAUGGCAAUAGAAAUGCACGGAUGCGCACUGUUUAUCUUACAUUGCAAGUAGGUGCUGCUGAUCGCGCCUUUCUUUUAGCUAUCGAGUGCAGAUGUAAUGUUGUGGAAUUUAUAUGAGUUGCGAUAUAUGAAACCUUUCUGGUGUAUGUAAUCUUAUUAUGUGUUGAAAUAAAUGAACCAUGUUGUAGUGGUUCUCCCUUCUUAUCUUACAGAUGUAAUUGGGCAACACAUUUGUCUGUCAGUGUCGGUGAGAGCCCGUGAACAUAGCAUACGGGCAACAAGUUUGUUAUGAGUCGGUGAACCACGUGGUAGGUACUAUGGUCCUUUGGGUCAUAGUAGCCAAUAAACAGGAGUAUAUCACUACGACUCGUGUGCUCAUAAAGUUAUCUGGGUUAUGGUUACAUAAUUUGUGGCUUGUGACUUGAAUUGCUGGUUUUUAGAACCUGUGGUUAGUUUUCAUGGGUUGAUUGAUGGAUUUGGCUU